AUGUCGACCCGCUCAUCUCAGGGAUGCUGGACGUGCAAGCGCCGUCGCAGGGCCUGCGAUAAGGCGCGUCCGACAUGUCAGAAUUGCACGCAGCGGGGGCUUGACUGCGAAGGCUAUGAGGUACGAUUGCGCUGGGGAAGUGGCAUUGCCUCCCGUGGUCAGUUCACGGGGGCAGAUAAGCCAUUGAAGGAGAGUGUCCCGUCGAGGCCGAAGGGUCGUCAACGAGAUCUCAAGAGGGAAAGAAAGAAACUAGACGCAUCGCCUAGUGAUACUGGCCAAUCAACCAGUCCUGGGAAUUCAAGUUCGAGUCUUGAUGAGUCUCCGAGAGAUGAUUACGCCAUGGUUCCUAAUCCCGAGAAAAACCUUUCGCUUCGCUUAGAGAGGUCUAAACAGGACGAGGCCUUGUUCAAUGAAUUUCUGAAUGGUGGUAUCAACGUACUGCAUUCCACCACUGCCCAAGAAGGGAUGUUGCAACCUCGACUACCUCAACUGUGUCAAGAGUCCAGUGCCUUGUAUACAAUAUGUUUGGCCUUCCAACUUUCUCUAUCAUCCUAUCAAUCACCUCUAUUCUUCGAAUACUUCGACGCAGCACUAAGAGAGUUUCGAUCCGAACUGGCCCAAAGCACCAUUCUAUCGGAUGCGACCCUGACAGCAGGACUACUGCUGUGUAGCAUUGGCCUGAUGCAUGGUUUACCGUGGACUGUCCAUCUGGAAGGAAUGCACAAUAUAUUACAAAGCCAUGGCCUAGCCGAUAGACAUCGCACAGCCGCACAGACUCCAUUUCGUACUCACUUAGUGGAGGUAAUGGGAGUAAUGGACCUGCCCUUCUUCUCGGUUGGUCGUCAGACCCCCUGUAUCGGAAUUUGGCGCCGCUACUGUCAGCCCAUUUUACCCAGAGAAGGAGUUGAGCCCGUGAGUGGCUUGCCCCGAGCUCUGGUGGACCUAUUCGCCGGUAUCUGCAUCGAUACGACAGAACAGAGUUUCUGGGAUUGGCCCGGCGAGCCGGGAAACUUCCUUCACUGCUAUCUAUGGGAAGCCUAUCGCUUAGCUGGGAUCUUGACUCUCCGUCGUCAUGCACGAGCGGAAGAACGUCAAUCGCGAGAUAUGCGGAAUUUUUCGGCGUGGCGUCAACCUAGUGCGUGCCCUGCUGAUGCAACUGUUCUUGUAACUAGGAUCCUGGCGAAUAUUGAUGCACUUCGGCUUGCGUGUGUUGAGCGCCCGGCUGAGGAAUCGUUUAUAAAAAAUGCAAUUCAAUUCCCUAUUGUUGUUGCUGGAUUGGAGGUUGCGAUACUAUGCCAGAAUCCACAGUGGCAGCAUACUAUUCGGAAAUGCAUGCUUGGUACUCGACAGGAUGAGAUCUUGUACGAUUUGCUACAGGAGAUGUGGCAGAAGAAUGAUCCAAUUCUUAGUAUUGAUAGUUUAGCGAGAGCAAGGGGAGUGGAAAUGGGUUUAUUAUGA